AUGGCGCAAGUUCAUUCUGAGAUCAAGGAGAGCUUCACUAAUUACCCGAGUGAAAGUAGCAACAGUGAAGAAGCUGAUCUUGUAGCUAGACUUCCCACAAGGGAAGGAUGGAUGACGCCUCUCACCCUCUACAACCAGUGCUGGCUCAGAUCACACACGCUAGGAAAAUUCAUGUCCGUGAGAGACAAUUUCAAGCCCCGCGGCGACGACAUCAUCCUGGCGACGCACCCGAAGAGCGGAACCAACUGGCUCAAGGCCCUCGCCUUCACCAUCUUCAACCGCUCCCGCUGCAGCCUCAGCGACCACCCUCUGCUCACAACCCACCCACAGAUGGCCGUGCCCUUCAUUGGCUUCAGCUCCACGGGUGGUGGAGACCUCGACCAUCUGGAGACGCUGCCGUCGCCGAGGCUGCUCUCGACCCAUCUGCCUCUCUCGCUGCUCCCGCCCGCCGUCUCGACCCUCGGCUGCAGGGUGGUGUACCUCUGCCGGGAUCCCAAGGAUGCUUUCGUCUCAAGGUGGCACUUUGAGAACAUGAUCGGCACAGGGGCCCCGGUCGGCCUCGACGCUGCCUUCGCCAUGUUCUGCGAGGGCUGCUCUCCUUUCGGCCCUUUCUGGGAGCACUACCUUCAGUACUGGAAAGAGAGCUCGGCGAGGCCACGAGAGGUGAUGUUUCUCAGGUACGAACAGAUGGCGUCUGACACGCUCGAGGUUGCCAGGAAGCUUGCGAGCUUCCUCGGUGUCCCCUUCACUCAGGAGGAGGACGACCGUGGAGUUGCCCAGCAGGUUGUCAGCUUCUGCAGCUUCGACUCACUUCGCAACUUUCAAGCUAAUAAAGCAUCAGAUUCAGAUGGUGUUGAGGCGGCAGGGGGCAAGCUUUUCUUCCAGCGCUCUUCCGUGUUUAGGAAAGGGAAGGUCGGGGACUGGGCCAAUCACAUGAGCAAGGAGAUGGCAGAAAAAAUGGAUCGCCUCGUGGAGGACAAGUUCAAAGGAUCCGGUCUAGUGUUCUGA